CAGCACUUUAGUAGGCUAGUACGAGUAGCCCGAAGAGCCACAAAAAAAUGCCGGAAGUUUUACGGUUACCUGUUAUGGUGCUUAAUGCAACUUACUUCUGAAAUUUUGUUGAUUCUUGUGUACUAGUUGUGAAACAACUUCACGUCUGAAAUUGAUUAGUACUCUACGUCUGAAAUUCAGAUUAGUACUCUACGUCUGAAAUUGAUUCUUGUGUACCUCGUAAAAUGCCGGAAGUUUUACGGUUACCUGUUAUGGUGCCGUACUACUCCCACCGACAAGCGCCAGAUCUAGCUCUAGAGCAACCGGGAAAGCCGACGCCAAGCUAUGGGAGCAGAGCUGGUAAGUCCAACAAUUAAAAUCAUAGUCGCCAAGGCGUCAAAAGAUACCUCCAGAACAGGUAAAUGAAUGAAUGAAUGGGUGAAUGUUCUGGUCAUGUUGGAAUAAUGCAGUUGUUGUUUUGAGCACUAAACUAUAACUUAAUGCAACUUCUGAAAUUGAUUCUUGUGUACUCCUGAAACAACUUCAGAUUAGUACUCUACGCAAAAUCUACCUCACCUUCACCACCUCCGCCACACAUCAAAUCAGCCAAAUGGCAGAAAUGUGCGUUCGAUCAACUCGAGAACACGUUUUGGUUUGGCGGGAGAAAGUGCAGGUGGCCGCAGAAGAGGCCAGAGCGCUUCGUCUUGAUGCCUCAGCUGACCCUAGAAAACGUGAAAAUGUUCCUCGUCCAUUAUCACGGCAGCCUCAAAAAGGCCUUCGAUUAUAUGGACUUUAUCAAAAACGGGACCAUAUCCCCCAUGGAAUGGUCAGAAUCCGUUUGGGGUAUGAUACGGAGCAAACGAGGACACGAGAUGGAUCAAUAUAAUUUCAGUACUACUUUUGCUUGUUCUUUUCUGGACUUGAAAUUUGAAAAAUUGAAUAUUCCUAAUGAAUCGGUAGUUGAAGCUUCUCAUUUGACUACGACGCACCUCAACUUCAUCUAUGACAAAAAAUCCUCAAAAAACGACCUGUUGCCAGGCACAUCAAUCAAUCAAUCAAUCAAUCAAAUUCAAGCAAAGUCGUGAUAGAAGAAGCAAAAGUACAAAGCUUCCCUCCACCUCCAUUCCAGCCGAGCUCCCCCGCAAACAGUUCGAUGCGAUGAUGACGAAGAUAUUCAGGACAAUAGAUUUCGAUCGAAGCGGGGAAAUCACGUUUGAUGAGCUGUCACGCGCACACGACGAAGUCUUCAACAAUCCGCAUAUGUUUUUAUGCCAGGGGGUCUUAGCUUCAGAAGAUAAUUAUCGUCCAAGAAACAAUUAAUAUCUCUUGUAAGAUAAGAUUUUUGACUCUCUAGUAAGGUUUAAUAUCAAAAAUAAAUAUCUCUACUCCCUUCUACCUAGCCUACCUAGCCCGAUGCGUCAGCAAUGACUGUGCGCAAUCACACAGACGGACCGACCCCGGGAGCGCCACUUGGCGGCCGCAUUCAUGCUCCCCUGUUUCGUUCGUAGGUGGCAUCGAUUUGGCGUAAGUUUACAGCAAGCAGCCUCACGCAUCAGGAUUAGUCAUUGCAUAAUUAUCGUCCAAGAAACAAUUGAUAUCACAAUUUUAUAUUUCACACUUCUUUUUUUCUGUCUCUAAGUCCUACCGAGCAAAGGGCGAAGGAAAAAGAAGCUAGUAUGAUGAAGCCCUCAGAGAAAAACAAAGGAGACGACGACAACCAAAGCCUAGGAGCUUCCACAACCAACUUAGCAGGCCGUGGCGAGGCGAACACGAUAGACGACGCGCUUCUCACCGAUGAAGAAAGGAAUCUCAGAGAUUUCACUGCGAUUCUCUUGUCGAAAUACGAGAAUUUUGACGCAGCAUUCCGCCAGUUGGACAACAACAAUAACGGAGACUUGUCGCAGGGUGAGUUUCAGGCGGCUUGCGUAAGAAUACGAUUUGACGGAGACUGGAGGGAGAUCUUCAAAUACCUGCUGGGGGAGAACGACAGGAGCUAUUUGGUUAAGUUAGGAACUGGUUUUCAUGAAGAUUCGAAAACUCAAAACAACCGAGUUACUGACUGAAAUAAGGGAGGCAGCUUAACGUCAAGGCUACGCUUCCUUCUCAUCAGUAUCUCGGUUAUUCUCGUCUGUUACUCGCUUAUUUUAGUUUUUCAUGAUAGAUCAGAUAUUCUUCAUAAACGAGAUGAUGCCUCCACCUCCUCGUCUUCCCACUCAACGACAUGCCUAUUUUCUAACCUCUUCCGACUUCAAGGUAUUAGUGCGGCCACCAAAGAGGCUCAUCGACGCAGCAAAGAAGGCCAGUGACGACUUCAAGAACUACUCAAAGUUUAAUGUAGAGCGUGCAGAAAUGGCGCCGAAUGCUUUGCUGCCGAGACAUGUACAACUACUUACUUCUUCUUUUUUUUUUAUGGAGUCCGCUUUGCUGCCGAGACAUGUACAACUACUUACUUCUUCUUCUUUGCUGCCGAGACAUGUACAACUACUUACUUCUUCUUUUUUUUUUAUGGAGUCUUUGCUGCCGAGACAUGUACAACUACUUACUUCUUCCUUUUUUUUUAUGGAGUCUUUGCUGCCGAGACAUGUACAACUACUUACUUCUUCUUUUUUUUUUAUGGAGUCUUUGCUGCCGAGACAUGUACAACUACUUACUUCUUCCUUUUUUUUUAUGGAGUCUUUGCUGCCGAGACAUGUACAACUACUUACUUCUUCUUUUUUUUUUAUGGAGUCUUUGCUGCCGAGACAUGUACAACUACUUACUUCUUCUUCUACAGGACUAGUAGAUUGAUUUUCUUGGAAGAAGGAUUACUGAAGAUAACGGAUUUCUUUCUAUCCUGCAAACAGCAAAUAAGUCGAAGGAGUCUUAUAUUAACGUAUUAACCUUUAUUACCUCUAAUUAAAACUCUUUGCUACCUCUCGAAUGGGUACACUACUACUACUACUACUACUACUACUACUACUACUACUACUACUACUACUACUACUACUACUACUACUACUAUUAUUAACAUCAGCCUCAACUAGUGUCAGGUUAUCCAACGUCGUAACGACCCAACUCUCGAUAAAGAUCUUGGCACGUUCUCACGCCUGCCCUGUAGGAGGCUGGACAAUCUCUUUCACCCAAGCGAAAUACCUGGUACGGACCCUCAAAAUUUUGAGAAAAGUAUGGGUCCUGGUAGGUAUCUAUUGCCAUCGGAUGAGGACUUUGCAGCCUAUUUAGAGAAGGAGAAGAACAUGAGCGCAGCGGAGAAGAAGAAUUAUGAUUUGGUCACGUUGAGACUAUUGUCGAUAGCGAAGCGGAGUUUCUACUUGUGGUGCAAGUAGAAGUUCGUAGUCUAUGUAUAAUAUAAGUUUGCGCUUGUAGUUUUGUCUACAUAGAAGCUAGCAAGUAAGUACUUGUUCAUAGCAUAAUUUUCGUCUUGCGACUUCUCCCGCAAUGAUCCAAGGAUGUUUUUCGUUUCCACACUACUUUUCUCCUCUAACCUUGGAAGAAAGUCUCCCGAAAAGGCAAGCAACUAGGUGGCGCCCAAGCCUCUUUUAUGGAAGAAGUCGAGCCCUUAAGUCCCACAACUGCUGGAGGCGCGUCACCAUUGGAUAGCGAUGUGGAUAGUCCGACUCUUUCACUAGGGAGAUCACCGUCUGUAGGCAAAAAGAACCAGGUGUGGAAUAAGUAUUUCUAGCAUUUAGUCAAUAUUCUAGGACGAGGACCUGUUCCACCAAUUAGCAAUUGCACGAAUUAGUAAUUGCAGGGGUUUAGUUAGUAGCUACUGACACAGACACUGUGGUAGUACUAGCUAAUUAAGAUAAUCAUCUCUUUACAGCAACAGUGGUAGUAGCUAAUGAUGUGAUCAUCGUAUCUUAUUGGUCCAGAAUUUAGUGAGUAAAGCUACUGACACUUCUGAGUACGAAACUAAGUUAUUAGAGUUACUAGUCAUUGCGUACCGAAAUUAGAACCGUAAUGCUGUCAUGAACAAAAACCCAUUUUUCUUUUUACUUUGUUCAUGGACUGCUAGUCAGUAGGUACAAUUUCUAACCAAUUACACUGAAAAUUUCCAACAAUCAUGCAAAAGUAGUAGAACGUAUUUCCAUCGAGUUACGCGAAUUGAGAUGAUCGAAUUCCAAUACACUGAAAAUUUCCGCUAUGAUAUAGAUCGAAUCCCAAUUACACUGAAAAUUUCCGACGCUGACCGUUGAAUAAAUUCCAAUUUAUGGUAAGACUCUGAUCGCUCAGUUAUUCUGAUUAGUUUUGUGCAUAGAUUGAUAACUGUAAAAGCUGUCCCCUGAAAUUCCGAGAUAGCCUUUCGAGUACCAUCACCACCUAAUUCAGGAGAUUCAAGUUUUCUCUGCUUUAAUAUAUUAAAUAGUAAAAUGAUGUCAUCCAUGAAGAUGUAGUUGUAUCUAUGUGCGACAUGAUGCUUGUAGCCGAAGUUGAAACUUCCACUUUCUUAUCCUGCUAGCAAACUGUGUCGUGGAAAAGUGUCGGGGAAAAAGGAAGGAGGAGUAAAGAAGCUGAAGUAGAUCUACCUGCUAAUUGAAGUCUUCCAUACCCCACGACUGAUCUUAGACCAUAUUCUAGUCCAUUUCUGUACAUGACCUAUUAUGCACCCACUCCCCUUUGACCUUAAACUGCAAACGUAAGCAUAAGCUGUGAGCCCUCAG